AUGACCUCUGUGAUCAAGAGCAGGAGCGGUCUGACAGUUGGCUUGCUGCGGAACCAAGUGGCCGUCGUCACCGGUGGGGGCACGGGCAUUGGAAAGGCCAUAGCGACGGAGCUCCUGCACCUAGGGUGUAAUGUGGUCAUUGCAUCUCGUCAAUUUGAUAGAUUAAAAUCUGCAUCAGAAGAACUGAAGGCCAGUCUGCCUCCCAACAGCCAAGUUCAAGUUACUCCCAUACAGUGUAAUAUCCGUAAAGAAGAGGAGGUGAAUAAUUUGAUCAAAACAACGUUAGGUCUUUAUGGUAAGAUCAAUUUCUUGGUAAACAAUGGAGGAGGCCAGUUCCUGUCUCCUGCUGAACAAAUCACUUCAAAAGGAUGGCAUGCUGUGAUUGAAACCAACUUGACAGGAACCUUCUAUAUGUGCAAAGCAGUUUACAACUCCUGGAUGAAAGAGCAUGGAGGGUCUAUUGUCAAUAUCACCGUCAUUACUAGUUAUGGAUUUCCGUAUGCUUCGCAUAGUGGAGCUGCAAGAGAAGGUAUCCACAACCUCACCAAAACCUUAGCUUUGGAAUGGGCCAGCAGUGGAGUAAGGAUGAACUGUGUUGCACCUGGAACCAUUUACUCUAAGACUGCUUUUGACAACUAUGGUCAUAUGGCAGAUGAUUUAUUUGGGAAUUUUAGGAAUAUCCCAGCUAAGAGACUUGGAGUUCCUGAAGAGCUCCCCUUCAGUGUACCCGGUGUGCUCGAAUCUCUACCUGCUCUGCUUCUAGGGAACCUGACCGAGGUGGACAUGACCACCAUUCCAACUAUCACACUUGAUCAGGGGGACCUGCAAAGUGGAGGAGCUCCAUCCAAGUACAGGAAUAUGAUUGGAAGCAGUUUCCCAACCAGGUCUCCCGAACAUAGGAACAGUCACUAA